ACUACUUCAAUGCCGUUCACUUAUCGAACUUAUAAACACAUAUAGCGGUUAUUCAAAAGCAUAGCUUAUUGUCGUAAAGAAAAUGAAGAAGUCAGGUCAGAAAAGUCGUCUGUCAAGAUUCAAGAGAGCUUUGUAUAAUCCAGAGAAACAUGAAUUCUUAGGAAGAACUUGCAGAGAAUGGGUCCUGGUCUUCAUAUUUUACGCAGUCGCUUAUACAUUUCUAGCAGCGUUUUUCGUCGGGAUGUUAUCCGUUUUUCUUUAUGGGUGUCUGAAUAACAACGUUCCAUCGUUAACAGGGGAACAAAGCAUUCUCCGAGGUCGACCAGGAAUUGAGCUGGCGAUUAGACCGAGACCCUAUAGCACUUUUAUUCAAGUUGCGGGAACCUCAUCUCCGAUCAAUAAAGAAUAUGUCAGCAAAUUUGAUCAGUUAGUCAAAAAAUAUACAAAAACUAGUGCGAACGAGAACUGUAAUUCUCCGGGAGAGCAUCCAAAAGAUCCUAAUAUCCCAUGCAGUUUCAAUAUUAGUGUUUUAGGAGAGUGUAGUAGCCUUGAAACAGCUUUGAACCAAGGGAAGCUAUGCCUGUAUAUUAAAAUGAAUCGAAUAUAUGGCUGGUUACCUGAUAUCAAAGAUUCGGCAGUCAUUCCCUCACCUGCUAUUGAAUGUGGAGGCGCAAAUGAGUUUGACAGAGAAGCACUUGGGCCAGUCAAAUACUUUCCAGAAUAUUCAGGACCAGAUGGUAAAAAAUAUGGUUUAAUAUCGAACAAUUACUUUCCAUACCUGAAAUUGGAUAAUUAUCAAGCCCCGUUAGUUGCUGUCCAAUUUCCCAAUAUAACAAGGAAUACUGUUGUUAUAGUUGAAUGCCAUUUAGUUGGUUUAAAGAAUUCUGAUGGAGGUACAAAUUUUGAAGUAUGUGUAGAUGACAAAUAGAUAAUACUACUUGUUUUGUUUUGCUUUUUUUUUUUUUAAAAUCCUAAUUUCCACAAUUGUUUUGUUUGUGUUAUAUUAUGGAAAAAACAAAUAAGUAAAUAAAAUAGCACAACAAUUCCGACAAAUGUUGAAAAUAAAGUGUGUAGUGUCUAUUGAGUCUGGUAUUCAAUAGUUACAAUAGUUACAAUAACUUUUUAGUAUUUCACCUUAUUACUACUACUUUGUUGUAAUUUACUUACCAGUUAAAUAAAUAAUCAAUCAUCUAUAUAUUUAUUAGUCAAUGAUGUAAUAAAUUUUGACCAGAGGCUUUUUUCUUACUUAUUUUCGAAUUUCACUGGUGCUAUCUGAUACUGCUUCCACUGUUACUUCUACUACUACAAAUUCUAGUAUUUCUCUUAAUGA